CAGGAUGAUAGCGUUAAGGUAGGCGGAGACGGUAAAAAGAUAGAAAGUGAACCACCCGACAUUGUGGUUACAAUAAGUUCGGACGAUGAAGAGCAAAGAGAAUCUGAUUCACAGGAUAUAACUGCAGCACGAGCUGAUCCAGAAACAGGCACUUCCGAUUCACUUGGACUCGAACAGCCACGAUCCUGUUCCGAUGCAGUUGUGGAAUUGCCAGCCAUAGUGAAUGCAGCGAAUCAUGAGAGAAACACUGUGCAGCGCGAUUCGAUUAGCGGAGAAAAAACGAAGCUGUACUGUGGAGGAGAACGUAACUUCCUUCAUGUGUGGAGCACUGCUUCGACAAUAAGUAUUGACGUAUGCCAGAGAAUCAAAGCUGUCAGUGGCAUCUCUGCUGAUCAUUCGUUGGAAGGAAGGGAUAUUGGGACAAAACGGGCUCGUAAACCGCUGGCACCGCUGGUCAGAAAAGGUGGAAGAAUGGCCGCCCGCGUAAUUGAAGAUCAGCUCCGGGCACCUGUGUAUAAUGCUGAAGCAACAUUUGAAAAAAUUUUUUGCCAAAAAUGCGGCGAGAAAGUGGAUGAUAAUUACUUAUCCAGGAGAUGUCAUGUACUUGCGCAACAUGUUCGUGCAGACGAUCCCGAAAUAAACAUAUUGCUUUCAUCCACUGUUCAAGCGUGCUUCCCAUCAUUUACGGAUUCAAGCGAUUAUCAGUGCACCGGUUGUGGAAAAGAAUUUGCUAGCGCAAGUGGACGAAAGAAUCACGUCUUGAAAGAGCAUUUUGACUGGUCAGUUGUAUGUCCAUUGCGAGGUUGCUCAGAUAUUUAUUCAACAACUAGCGAAAUGAAACAACAUUUCCAGGUGUGA